AUUCAUAGCCGCCUGACCAGCAGAACGAGUGAAAUAAGAAGAUUACUUGCUCAGAUCUUCUGAUUUAGAGAGAAAAUUAUGUUCAGAUAAGGAGGAACAAGAAGGAUCAUCUUUGCGCAGGAUUUAUUUACGUUUUGGGAUUUUUUUUUUAUCCCAAGGACGGAGUUUAAGAUGGAGAUGAAGUGUUUAACUUUAAAGGAUUUGCAUAGUGUGAGGACACUAGUGAAUAAGACAAGCUCAGAUGAUCCUGUCAGCUUGAAUGACCAUAAAGAGAACAUCUGCACGGACCGAAGGAAAACGACCCCGCUGAAGUGUGAGUCUGUGACGGCAGCUGUGAGUGGACAUAGGAGAGUUUCCAGCCCAGAUAUCAUACAUAUAACCCCUAUUAAACACACUGAGAGGGCCCACCCGGACCCCUGGACCCCGACAGCCAACCUGAAAAUGCUGAUCAGUGCCGCCAGCCCAGAUAUCCGCGACAGAGAGAUGAAGAAAACCCUCUUUAGACCCAUUGAAAAUGAAGAGAAAGCUGUAGAGGAGGAGGAGGAGGAGGAAGAACUCGAUGACUCGUGUCAGUAUGAAGCUUUAGACGGUUCUGAGAGGAGACCCAGUCGCAAACAGAAGAGUUUGGGUCUUUUGUGUCAGAAAUUUCUGGCCUUGUACCCAGAUUACCCAGAAACCUCAGAGAGCAUCAACAUCUCUCUGGAUGAGGUGGCCUCUCGCUUGGGUGUUGAGAGGCGACGUAUUUACGACAUUGUGAAUGUGCUGGAGUCUCUGAUGCUGGUGAGCCGAAUGGCUAAGAACCUGUACGUGUGGCACGGGCGCCCGAGGCUACCACAGACCCUGGAGGAACUCCAUCGGGCGGGACGAGAGCAGGGCUACCAUCUGCAGAUGGACCAGAGAGAAGGAAGCAGCCCAUAUGGCGCCCAUCACAUGCAAAACACACACGCGGCUUCCAGCAGACGGAAGGAUAAAUCGCUUCGCAUCAUGAGCCAGAAGUUUGUCAUGCUGUUCCUGGUGUCCAAAACACAGACCGUUACACUUGAUACAGCUGCUAAGAUCUUGAUCGAGGAGGGUCAGGAUGAGUCCAACCACAGCAAGUAUAAAACUAAGGUACGACGCUUGUAUGAUAUCGCUAAUGUCCUGACCAGUCUGAAUCUGAUCAAGAAACUUCACGUGAGAGAAGAAAAGAGCCGUAAACCCGUCUUCAAAUGGAUCGGACCUGCCGAUUUUCACAGCAGUGAUUCAGAUGAUUUGAGGGUCUCAGAAGCUCAGAUCAGUGCCUCCAUCACGGGCGCCGGGGAAAGGCGGGAGAAAAUGACACGUCACUCCUCCUUUCAGGUCCUCCCAGCCCCUGCUGUCAAUCAAAGACGGAUAAGCUCCGCCCCCAGCACACCUCAGAGACGCUCUACAGACGAGCCGGUGGACUACUCCAGGAAGAGUGUGAACAGCUCUGCGGUGUGUCAACUGCAGUUUGGAGACAGUGUUCAGGCCAGUGGAAGCGCUGUUGGACCAGCGGUGCCUCUUCAGGCGGACGCCCCGUUUGCGUCACUGCCCUUUUCAGCCCAGUUCGCUCCUCACCAGUUAGCGUACCUGUCCGGUCUGCCACAAACACCCGUGUUCAUGGUGUACAGCGGACACGUGCCCGAGGGCAUCAACCAGAGGUCACCCGUCUCAGGCCACAGGGAGGGACAUCCAAAGAAGAGAGAGAGACAGGAGGAAGAGGAGGAUGAUCAGGCAGCUAAACGAAGCAAACGCUCAGUGUCCAUAGAAAGUGAAACGGGUGGGACUGAUAGUUCCAGAAGGUCUCCGGUCUGCUCUCGGGAAGGGUCCCCGUGGGACGAGGCCUCGUUUGGGCCAAUGAAUGAGGAAGACGCCGGAACAUCCAGUCCCAAAGAUGCCCACAUGUCCUCUCAUUACCUCUAUGUCCCAAACACAGCAGGUCUGAACGGUUUGAACUUCCUCAUGCCAGCAGGACAUACACGAGGUGGUAUGCCAGCUGUAGCUAUGCCAUAUUUUUUGGUGCCUUCACCGCUCAUAACAGGUGCGAUGCCCGCUUCCAGUGCUGAGGGGGUUGCCAGCAGUGGUUUGAGUUUCAGCAUGCCCACCAUGUUGUCACCUGCCCAGUUUGUGAUGGCAGGAGGGGCAUUUAAUGUGGCUGAAACACUGAACACCCCUGAGCAUCAUGGGCACCGAAUACCAGUGGCCACAUUCUCACCGCAGGGACCACGAGUACAAGAGAGCCCUCAGCCAGCACAAACACAGACUCCCGUGACACCAAAGGAAGCAGCGCUGGGGUCCAAAUCUUUCUUUGAGACACCUGGAGCUUUUGGGACUCUCGCCGGCCAACCAGCGGCGCGCAAACGAGGCUCCGCCCAGAGGAGGCUGGACAUCGGACACACCCCAGCCAAUUAAAUUAGCCGCUGCAUUUGUGUCAUUGGUUUUCAGGCUUCUGUGGUGCUACUGUGCCAAAGACAGAAACAGCAUUACACAGCAAAUUUCUUUACUUGAAUUAUUUCUCGUACAUGACCAUUGUAUAAUGUUUACGAACAUCAGUAUAAGAGGGCAGAUUAUUACAGAUGCUAAAGUCCCACUCAGGGUCUAUAGCGUGAUUCGGUUACGCCCUUUUGUGGCUCGAUUUGUUUUCCCCCCACAUCAUUUUUCAUUUCUGAAAGUAUUUUGGAGUUUAUUUGAUAUCCCACUAGUGUAUUGCCUGAUUUUGUUUACCAUUAUUUAUUAUAGCAUUUCCAGAGGCUAAAAUCAUCAAUCCAGUUUUAAGCACUACAUAUUUAAAAAUGUGAAAAUGAAUUAAGUCUGGAUCGACUUCUGAGAGAAAACCACACAUUUGCGUUUUGUAUUUCGCUGAUUGUAAAAAGUGCCAUAUUGGUGAAGCCGACAUGCCUUGGAAAUAUGUUUGUUACAUGAUGCCUUCACCACUAAAAAUGAAUACAUAGAAAAGUGUAUUUUGGGGUAAAGAACAAAAUAGUGGUUGUAAUUUUCUGCUUAAUUUUGAGGUGCUACGUCUGAAAUGAAAAGGAAACACAUACUUGAAUAACCAGUGAAUAUGAUCUGCGAUCACUGGAACAAAGCAGAAUUAUCACAGUACUGUACUGUUUAAAACAAAGGAUGUUUAUGAAUUAAUUGUUCUUAGACUAGUAAUAAAUUAUUUUUGAAGGGGUACAGGAGUUACAUUUGGAUUGAGCUUUACACCGCCGUGUAAUUCGUACAGUAUUUACGGUCACUACUGUAACUCGUAGCAUCGCAUAAUUUUGUAAACAUGUUAAUUUGUGUGUGUUGAAUGUGUUUAGAGCUGCACUGAUGAAUCUGUAUGGUGCUUUUGUGUUCGUCAGAUGUAUUUUUUAAUCAUUUUAUGUAUGGACACAGGUGUCGUACAUGUAAUACAAAAAAUAAAUAUAUGUAAAAUGAAA